GAGAGCGGUGGCGUUGGACAGCCAGAACUCCUCGGAGCCGGCUGCUGCUGCUUCUGCAGAGCAAACCGGAUCUCACGUCCAACCUGGAGACAUUUUUUUUUUGCUGCAUUCGCGAUGGUCUGAGCGUGACUGCUGGGCGCUGAGCAGAGGCAUCCCUCCCCUCUCUCUCUCUCUCCCUUUCUCUCUCUCUCUUUCUCCUUUCCUCCUCUCCCGCCUCCCCUCUCUGUCUUUCUAUCUCUCUUUUCUUGUGGUGGGUUCAGCAGAGGCUGCCCAGUGUGUUAGCCCCCUCUCUGCAGCGCUGGGGAAGCUGAUAGCGAUGGGACGAACCGGUUUCAGCACCACGGAGAGCGCCCGGCUUCUGCUCCUCGGUGUGCUGGCGCUGUCCGUGGUGCUGGCGGAGCAGGAAGGGGAGAACCUGUCCGGUCUCUCCAACAACCCAGACAAAGCCAUCUUCGCGGUCCGGGAGAACGGCACGACAUGCCUGAUGGUGGAGUUCGCCGUGAAAUUCCUCGUGCCAUAUGACGUGCUCGCGCUCAAUGGGAUAGACCUGAUCACGGAGCAGGCUGUGUUCACAUUGCCCCGUGGGGCAGAGAUCGAGGGGAAAUGCGGGAGCACAGAGUCAGAGAUCCACAUAUCCUGGAAGAACAACGCCUAUACACUCCGUAUCUACUUCUCUAAGGAGCUCCGUGAGAAGGGCAUUGAGGUGUGGAAGAUUAGUAAGGUCCAGUUCGUCUAUGACACCUCGGAGACCUCGCAGUUCAUCAACGCGUACAACCCGGGGAAGCACACAGCAAGCACCCACCGCCUGUCGGCCCUGGUGACACCCGCUGGGCACUCCUACGUGUGCACAGCUCAGCAGACUCUCACGCUCAUCUCGAGCGACCACCAGAAGGGCGUCACCGUCUCCAUGUAUGACAUCCAGAUCCAGCCCUUCGACAUCACCUCUGACUUCAUGUUCAGCGAACCCUACAAGUGCAUCACCGACCAGCGGGAGCGCCUGGAGGAAACUCUGCCCCUUAUCCUGGGCUUCAUUCUGGCCCUCAUCAUCGUCAUCACGCUCACCGUCUACCACUUCCACCUGAAGCUGACAGCCAACCAGUCCCAGCUGCCCAGAGAUCGCUCCAUGUACAAAAACAUGUAGCCAGCAGCACGACGGCAGCGGCGACUCCCUCAGCUCUCUCCAAAGCUAACCUGAUAAAAGACUUGUCUCCUCGAUGUCCCGGGCCUAACACCACGGAGGAAAGUGCCAUGUGAUGGACUGAAUCCCUGACAGAGAAAUGGGUGUAGCCUGAACUGAAGGCACUGGAACUUUUGAACAGCUAAAACACAAGUUAAUGGCACAGCUUGGGGCCUAGCAUGGAUGUAGUUGCAGGGUAAACCCACCAAAACCUAAUUUUCCCAGCUGCUGAAUUAAAUCUUAACACCAUGAAUUCAUAGUCUGUCUUACAGUUAUUAGAAUUUUAAUGAAAAUAAAAUAUAAAUUUAUGCUUUUCUGAAAAUAUAAUUGAUUUCCCUUCAGAUUGGUGAUUGUUUGUCAUCUGAAAAUCACCAACUUGAGGUUACAGUUCACAUAUUUUUUUCCCUGUAACAUCUCCAGGACCUAGUUUAUCACUUCAGCUCUUUUUACACAACUUUGACAGAAAUUGCCAGAGCUUCUGCUGUCAUCUGCAAACUGUUUGUUGUCUUCUCCUCUCUUUCUCUCUCUGAAACUGCUGCUAAAUUAUUUCUAUCGUUGGUUCUCUAUCUGCUAUUUUAUUUUUCGUUCAACAAUCUUUUUAUUUCCUUUUUGAAUGCAGCCAUAGUGUUUCACAGUGGACAAGUCUUGUAGUGUGUGCAGUGCAGUGGCAUUCAGAGUUGCAGUGUUUUUGCUUUGACUUCAACGAAUCCUUUCUCCACACCGAUGUAUGGAACAUAUCAAAAAAAAGGGAAGAAAGAAAUACAUAAAAAUCUGAUACAAAUUCUGCGCUACGCAGUGACGAAUUUGCCAGAGUGCCAUAUGAGAGUGUUUAUGAAAAGAGAGGUUAUUAAAUUGAAAAAAAAAAAAUAAUAAGUGUACAAUAUUUUCAGAAUCAAAGUCUAUGCAUAAACCUCUGCUGAUGCAAUCUUGUGCAGUAUUCUUCUGUUC